AUGAUUUUGGCACAACGUGAUGAAUCGGGUGCUGCUGAUCCCAUGGCCCGGGAUCAGGAACUCAUUUUUAAUAUAAUCGCCGCUUAUUUUUUAGUCCUGGGUGUUGUUGCAGUCCCUCAGGUUAUUGCGGCCCUAAUGGCUGUUGCGGCAGUGGCUAUGGUAUGGGGGGGUGUGGCUGCGGUUAUGACCAUUGCGGUAGUUGCGGAUGUGGUUCCCAUGGAGGAGGAUGUGUUUGCAGUCCCUGCUGUGCAUCUUGCUGCUGUUGUCGUCCAAGCUGCGGAUGUGGUUGUGGCAUCCAAGUGGGAUGCGGCCCUCGUCUCUACAACUGCGGACGAACCAGUUGUUGUGGCUGCAACUUUUAGGUGCUGGCAAAUGAUGAAUAUUACAGCUACCUACAAUACCUCAACUGCAGUGGAUGUGUCGAAGCAAAUAAAUAGUCGGAUUUUAUCUAUGUCCUUUUUUGUUUGA